UAUUGGCUCACAGAAUGGGCGUUACUUUAAAUCCCGCCUCAAACGGUGUCACACCAAAAGCCGCUCGGGCUGGAUCCUCCCGCUGAGGUUUAGAAGAUUCACGAUGAGCGCCCGGGUUUUGGUCGGAGUUAAACGGGUCAUUGACUAUGCUGUCAAGAUCAGAGUCAAGCCUGACCGCACUGGAGUGGUUACAGACGGCGUCAAGCAUUCGAUGAACCCCUUCUGUGAGAUUGCGGUUGAGGAAGCCGUCAAACUCAAGGAGAAGAAGCUUGUGAAGGAGGUUGUGGCCGUCAGCUGUGGUCCUCAGCAGGUUCAGGAGACGAUCCGGACGGCUCUGGCCAUGGGUGCGGACCGUGGCAUACAUGUGGAAGUGUCCGGAAAGGACUACGAGACGCUUGCUGUAGCCCUGCAGUACGAGACGCUUGGUCCCCUGCAGGUCUCCAAGAUUUUCGCUGCUCUCGCCAAGAAAGAGCAAGCGGAUCUGAUCAUUCUGGGUAAACAGGCCAUAGAUGAUGACUGCAAUCAAACUGGACAGAUGACAGCAGCGUUGUUGGACUGGCCGCAGGGAACCUUUGCAUCUGAGGUGACCUUAGAAGCAGACAAGCUGAAGGUGGUGAGAGAAAUUGAUGGUGGAUUGGAGACCAUUAAGAUCAAUUUGCCAGCCGUGGUGACCGCUGACCUCCGUCUCAACACUCCCAGAUACGCCACACUGCCCAACAUCAUGAAAGCAAAGAAAAAGAAGAUCACGAAUGUGAAGCCUGCAGAUCUGGGAGUGGAUGUGAGCUCACGGCUGGAGGUGCUGAAGGUGGAUGAACCUCCUCAGAGACAAUCUGGAGUCAAAGUGGAGACGGUCCAUGAUCUGGUGGAGAAACUGAAAGAAGCUGGAAGAAUAUAGAGGAAGUAGAUGCAGGAGGGACGGUGCAGACUAACACUGAAGUUUUUUUCUGUAGGUCUUUCAUCACUGGUGAUGGAGCAAACUUUAAAGCCAGUAAAGUCUUGUUCGGCCCCGUCACAAGUCCAGACCAGACCCAUGUAGUUGAUGUAGUACCUGCUCCUGUGUGUUUCUGACUCUUAUGUUCAUGUGGCUACUGAGAGACACUGAUCCAUCAACACCUGUCUGUCCCAGCGAGGCCUUGCCAGUUUGUCAGUGCAUUUUAAAACAAAGUACAUCAAUAUUGUAGGGAACACUUUUGAAUGCACUAAUAAGCCAUUAAGUUUGCAUCAUUGAUACAUUCACUCAAAAUCAGAACAGACCUUUUCUGGGCUUCCUGUCAAUUAUUGUGUUAUUAACAACGUGUUAUCUGUGUACUUCAGUUAUGCUGAUUAAAGAUGAUCAUCAUUUUUAAUAGGACAGUGUCUCACAGCAUCAGUACCACAAGCACCUCUGAAAGAGUCCUGAUUGUACAGUAUCAUUUGAUGAAAAUAAAAGGUUCUCUUUUUCAUAUGCA